AUGUCCACACCAUCUUCUCCAUAUUCUGAAUCCUCAGUACUAUCCAUGGAAUUCAAAUUCGUGGCCAACCCCAAGGUCUUAAAGAUGCUAGUGAUGAUCCUUAUUGCCCGCCAUGGCCCACCAAUGAAUACAGGGAUAAAAUACACCCUUCACGAUUUCAGGCUUAUCGAAAUGCACAUGAAUUUCACUACCUGUGUUGCCUCUGUGCAACAGGUGGCCGAUAUGUCGAGGUAUCUAUAUUUCUGUGCCCUGCAGGAAUCUGCUGAGGGGAAUAUGUUGCUGAAUGUGCGACUAGCACCUGCAGAUACAUGUUAUAUUAUUGAAUCAGAGAGAUCACCAACCGCCCCGUACACUUCUGCCAUAUGCUUAAAAAGCAAAAUAGUUGUGUAG